AUAGCAUGGCCCAACUGACGCUUAGCCUACUCACUCGUCGUCCUUAUACCCUGUCUUCCUCCUCGUCCCCACACCCUGCUCUGUCCCCUCCCUCCCAUGGCUGGGGCCAGCAACAACAACAACAACAGCGACCUCUCCGCUCACGAACCCCUCCUCCUCUCUGAUGGAAUAAGGCCAAUAAGCCGUCCAGCUGAUACUAAGAAGAACACCGCUUCUCGGAUUGCCAAGUCAGUAGCCAGAUGGACCCUCAAGCUCGUGAUGCAGGCCAUCUUCGUCGCUUGGGUAGCCAUUUUCUUUCUAGUCCCCUCCGGGACUGGGACCGACCUCUAUGAUGACUGGGUCGACGCCACAGAGGGAACUCUCUUUAGCUCCACAGGGAGCGCGUUGGUGCUGUAUAGCGCCCCCAUUCUUUUGAUAGCUGUGCUCGCCGUGCCAUACCUUCUCCUUUCUGAAACAGAGGAACAACACCUUACCAAUAAAGAGGAGAAGCAGACGCCAAGGUUCCGUCUGGGGACGCUCCCAGUGCUCGUGGAUGGGCCAUUCGGUGUGGUUACAGCUGCAGAGUUGAUUGGGAUUCUUCUGUUUGUGGUGUUUGUUCUAUGGUCACUUUAUUCCUAUACAGUGAUGAACUUAGAGAUUUUACCCUCCUAUGGUUCCCUAACUCCUGAGCAGAAGAGGGUUCAAAUGCUGCAGAUGUCAGCGUACUGCUUCGGUUUGAUUGCCUCGUCUUGCCUGUCAUUCCUAUUCCUCCCUGUUGCAAGGGGAUCGAUUCUCCUCCGCCUUAUAGACAUACCCUUUGAGCAUGCGACCAGAUACCACAAAUGGCUCGGAAAUCUCAUAAUUUUCCUUGUCAGUAUGCACGGACUCUGCUACAUGAUCGUGUGGUUCAUCCGUGGCAUUGUUCUAAAGAGCAUUGUGGAGUGGAAAAGUGACGGAGGUGCAAACUUGGCAGGAAUCAUCACCUACUUGUUCGGCUUCGCAAUAUGGAUCACCGCACUUCCCCCUGUGCGGAAGAGAUAUUUUCAGCUUUUCUUCUACACCCAUCAGCUUUAUGUCUUCUUCAUCAUCUUCUUAGCUUUGCAUAUUGGAGACACAAAUUUUAGCAAAUUUCUCGGAGGAUUAUUCCUCUUCAUGCUCGACCGGUUUUUGAGGUUCUUCCAAUCACGGAGGGACGUUGAUGUAGUUUCAGCGACCAAUUUUCCAUGUGGAACAGUGGGUUUGGUUAUUUCCAAGCCUAAGAUUCUACAUUACAACGCACUUGGCUUUGUCUUCCUUCGCCUGCGAGAAAUAUCGAAGCUGCAGUGGCAUCCUUUCAGCGUUUCAUCGAGUCCGCUUGAUGGGAAAUACCAUCUUUCUGUCCUGAUCAAAGCUGUUGGAGAUUGGACGGGGCAGUUAAGGCAAAAUGUUUCAAAUCUAUCAUCCCGUGAAACUCAGAUAUUUGGAAGCCCUGCUAGAUUCACGGUUAAUGUGGAAGGGCCUUACGGACAUGAAUCACCAUACCAUUUGACGUAUGAAAUGCUAGUUCUGGUGGCUGGGGGUAGUGGCAUCUCACCCUUCGUAGCAAUCUUGAGUGAUAUUUUGCACCGCGUGAGGGAUGAGAAGCCUUGUCUGCCAAGACAUGUCCUGCUCAUCUGGGCCAUCAAAAGAUCGAGCGAAAUUUCUCUCUUAUCGACAAUCGACGUGAAGGCUCUCGAUCCAUUUUUACUGGACAGGGUGAACAUAGAAAUCCGGAUUUAUGUCACCCGGGAAUCGGAACCCCCAUUGGAAGAAGGAAAAUUCGAGAGCAGCUCGUUUUCUCCCUCGAGAUCAAGAAGACAGAGCAUGUCAGUUUUGGUGGGAACGGGAGAUAAAGUGUGGUCAGGAAGUUACGUGAUCGUACCGAUUCUGGGAUUCAUCUUCUCACUGGGAUUACUGGACGUAUGCUAUCUAAACCCCAACGACAUCAGCUAUUGGUGGUAUAGAGGGUUGCUGUUGGUAAUAUGUAUGGUUGUCAGUGUCAUCAUCUUCGGUGGUCUCGUGAUUGCUCUUUGGCAUGCUUGGGAGAAGAGAACUCUGUCCCUGUCCGUGUCCGCAGAGGAAGAUGGAGAUGAUAGCGAAGAAAUAGCGACUGCCCCCUUGAUGCGGCAAAAUGGGGCCUUGCCGAACAAGGACCUGUACCAGGAUUUUACUACUUCCAUCAGCUACGGUCAAAGACCAGAUUUUAAAGAAAUAUUCGGGGCGGUAUCGAACUCUUGGGGUAACGCAGACAUCGGGGUCAUAGUGUGCGGGCCCCAGGCUCUUCAAUCUAGCGUCGCGAAAGAGUGCAGGUCGCAGGACUUGAGGAGGAGAGGAAGCGGUCCGAUCUUCCAUUUCAACAGCCACAGUUUUGAUUUGUAAACGCCCCAUCCCCGAGAAGGGGGGGGGGGGUGGUGGGGAAUGAGAUAUUCUUGUUUUUGUUCUGACGAAUGGAAUGAGAUUCUCGUUAGUUUGUUAAGUCUUUAUUAUUAGAUUCGUAACCAAUCAAAUUAUGUAGGGUUAGCUUAUUAAUCCUCCAAGCAGUAGCAGUAAAAAUGUACAUAGUGCAUAUAUAGUUAGUUUGUGUCGUCUUGUUUCGAUCGGUAUGUUAAGAGCAUCCGUGUUCUCUGUCGCGCUUAGACAAAAGGAUAAGGAGCUCAAAGUUGUAGGCGAGGAAACCUUUACGCUCCCGAGCCCCACAGCCUUUGCGGGAAGACAAAAUCGACCUUGGUGGAGUGGAAUCAUUGUUACGGUAUCAUGAUGCAUUUCAUGGAGAGAUUACUAUGAGCUACCCGAUCGAGAGAUUACUAAUAAUAUGAUUCUUCUUUUUUCUUUUUUUUC